CAGGUAAACAAAGAACGAGUCAGGGUAAUUAAAUCCAGCAACCCAAGGUACUUGUCUGUGUUCUUUUUGAAGAAUGAAAUGUUGACCUUAAGCCCCGAAUCCAUUAUCUCUCCUAUGAGAAUCAAUACGCGACUAGAGAUCAAAAUUGACAAAUACACUGACGAAAAUGACUUCACUGUAACCAACACCUUGUUUUUUUGGAAUUAUCGAGGCAUCAAGUGAAGUGUGCUUGUGAGAUUGUCUCGCACUGCCGUCGGAGCUCAUUCCUGUUUCUUUGGCGAGAAAUCCCCUCGGGAGUAUUGCCAAUCAGGGUUACUCACCCUCCCCACACACCCUUCCCCUCCCCUCCUCUACUUUUCGUUACGUUUCCCGGGUAACGUACCUUCCAGAGAUAGUUACCACGAGAACUAUAUGUCCAGCUUAUGACCAAAACACAUUGACACGGCCAGCACUUGAGCCCUGACUCACUGAAUUACAUCGCCCUGAGCAUAAAGCUACCGGUUCUUUACAUCGUUUGGAAUUUAAUCGCUGAAGCAAAACGAAUUCUGACAUUGACGAGUUUUAUUUCUGUUCAUAUCUCCAAGUUUUUUUUUAUAUAUCGUUGUGCAAAUAUUUUCUUCGCAGGUUUGUUCUUAGAAAUUACAUCGCCCAAAGAGCUAUAGAGGCCGCAGAAAAUGGAGACUUUUCUUUGGUAAGAGCAGUGAAACCAGUAGAACCCGUCAAACAUUUUUAAUCUUGAAAACCGUUGCAUACUUAUUUGCAGGUUUAUUUCGGUAAAAUUUCCCCACAGCCCCAUGCUACAUUAUGUAUUCAGUUCUUGGAUAGAGAAAACAAUGACAAAACAAUACAUUGCUAUUGGAAAAACAGAUUUGUUUUACAAUAGUGUAGGGCUGUGCAAAAAUUUUACCUUUAUUUUCAUCCAGCACGAUCGAAAGAGAUUAUGACCAAUAAGGAAAUAGGAAGUCAUUUGGUUUUCAGGAUUCCCUUCUUUACUUUGGCGGGCAAAGAGAAUACACAUGAGUCAAAGACGCUUGUUAGAAGAAACUCGUCGGCGCAAAAUUUUCCCGAGAUUCUGUGCAAAAUUAUUUGAGAAGUGUCCUUGUUGGAUAAUUUGGUAUUAUUUACUGAGUUGAUAACGUAAAUUGGCCACCGCAAAGAGUUUCCAAAGACGACGUUUCGAGCGUUAGCACUUUGUCAAAGCUAAUGGGUCAUAUACACUGACAAAAAUUUUUUCCUGACAUUUUCCUUUGUCGUAUUUAAACACGGAGACUCGUUUGUCAUCUUUUGGAAAGGGAUUCUUUUAGUACUAUUUUUCCAUCUACGAUGCAAGGGAAACUUUCCGAAGGGUAUACUUGCAAGCACUGACUUGUAUGUGAUUUAAGAUGCACUGAUAACAUUUUACAUUUCCUUCUCCUGUUCUUUUGCAGGUUCAAACUAUUCUGAAACGCUUGAAAACACCUUACAGAGACGGUGUGGAAUUUGACGAAGCUACGUUCUACGUAGCAGCGAGUACUAAUUCCACCUUGUCUUGUAAUAAUGAGAAAACGAGGCUGUUCAACGCUCAGGAUACAAGGAAAACUAACCUUGAUAUAUUGCCUGAUGAUGCGUUUAAUAUGCGGCUAUCGUGA